AUGCAGAUGGCAGAUAGAGGUAGAGGUGGUGGUCGUAGAACAUUUAAUCGUGGUACAAGACGUGGUUUUAGUUUGGGAACUCCAAAUACACUUCCUACAGCUCAAGACCAACCAAAUCCUACCUUUGUAAGGGAGUCAAUUCCCACUACCCCUGUUAGAGAUGCUUCACCUUCAACACCAGAUGAUUCUGUUACACCUGAGUACCCACCAGAUCCAAAUUGUGAACAUAUUGUUGAUGAAAGGCCUUUCAUUCGUGCAUAUAAAGGAGAGUUUCAACCAACAUAUGGGUGUUCUAAUAUCAUAUCAAAUAUCAUUAGGGCAAAAUUUGAUGAACCAGCUCCAAGUUGGUUGAAGGUGUCAGUUGACCUUCGUGAUAGGUGGUUUGGAGAGUUUAAGAAAGAGUAUAGGUGGCACCCACAAGAAGAGCAAGCCAUUAGAGCUGUUUUUGAGACAAAAGGUUCACGUAUUUUAAAAAGUGCAAUGAACAAGAACAGAAAUGGUCAAGAUAAAGGAAAGUGGAUAACAACUAAUGUUCGAGUAGCCUUGGACGAACAUUGGGGUUCUACAGAUUUCCUAAACAAGAGCUCCACUGUCAAGGCGAAUCGAUCUGUUGAUAAAGGAGCCUCAGCAUACUGUGGUGGUUCCAUAUCUACUGUAACUCUCUUUGAAAAGCUGUCAAAGGAAUUUCAAAGACCACCAACUGCUUGGGAGGUGAUGGAGAAAACUAAGAAAUUGAAGUCAAGAGAAUGAGUCAAUGACAAGUUCUGCGAAUUUGCUGAGAAAUAUCAACAUCGUCGAGAUGAAAUCUUACAACGUUCGACAGAGAAAGGCACAUCUACACAGGAUUCCCCUAACACUGCUACUUCUGUUAAUGAUAAUGAAAUAUAUUUGAAUGUUGUUGGAGGUCCAAAUUACAAGGGGAACGUGUACCGCCUAGGUACUUUAAGCAAAAGGUUUAGUUGCUCAAAAUCAGCUCCAUCUACUUCUAUUGCUCCUGUGGAAGACCAAAUAGAGGAAAUGCGUGAGACAAUUAAUAAAUUGAAUGUUGAGCUUUUGGCAAAGACAAAUAAGGAGAAGACACUUGAGGAAAUGAUGUUGUAGAUGAUGGAGAAUCAUGACCACCAAAGUCAGGAGAUGCGACAACAGAUGCAACAACAAAAUGAGCAAAUUCGUCAACAAAAUGAGCAAAUGCAGCGUAUACUACAACACUUACAUAUUCAGUCUAUCAUACCAGCUCCUAGUCUAUCACCUACCAUAGCAUAUGGAACAGAACACCAUGUUAAUGAUGCUCAGGUUGAUCGUCCUCAUGACAUGGGAAAUGAUCAUUGACUCUUGAUUAUUGUUUACUUUACUUUGAUUAGGCCACAUUAGUUAUGAAUUUGAACUUUAUUAAACUUUUACGUUGCAUUUGAUUAAACUUUGAAAACUUUGAAUUUGCACUUUAUCAAUCUUUAAAAUAGA